CGUGAGCAAGCUCCCUAUUAGCCGUUAGCCCUUUGUUUUUUCUGCUAAGCAGUGAAAGCUUCCUCAGAGCCAACAAUGGCGGAUUUCUCCUACCUCUCUGAUACCGACGAAUCAGCUGUAGAAGAACUUAUAUCUCAAGCACAAGAGCUCUGUGUUCUUGAGCAAGUUUCUGCCAUCAACUGCUCUGGUUUCACCGAUUCUGAACUCCCCACAGAGCUCGAAUGCCGCUUUCGGAAACUCAAAUCGUUCCCAGUCACUAAGCACAAAAACACAGCUCCAGUAAGUGGUUCAGCUCGCCGCAGCUCGAUUGAAGGUAAGGCAGAGCCAGUUUCAGAUGAAGACUCUGAGAUUUUCUCACCGUCUAAACAGAACCCAGAUGAGAAAAUGGGUUCCGAUCCCAAAUCAGUAUCUGGGUCUGUCUCAUCUCCUUUGAAUCCCUCGGAAUUUUCAGUAAGAAAGGGGAAAAAAGGUUCAAAGGUGAAACCGAAACAUGGGUCAGUUUCAUCUCCUUCGAAUUCUUCGAACUCCUCUCCGGAAAGCGCAAUUUUCUCACCAUCCAAACAGAACCCAGAUAAUAAGCGCCGUCCGAAACCCAAAUCAAAAUCUCGAUCAAUUUCUUCUCCAUUUGAUUCUUGUAACUCUUUGAUGGAUUCCCCAUCGCCGCCAAGAAAAUCGGGUUGCUUCUGGUGUUCCCCAAAGACAAAGAGGGCUUCUCACACAAAGAGUAAAGAAAACGGGGCAAGUGAAUUUCGGGUUGGUCUGAAUUUCAUCGACAACGACGAGCUUUUAACGGAUCUGGGAAGGUUUUCAAAGAAGGAGCAAACGAGGAAGCUGAAGAAGGCAUUGAAGGAGGAAGAGAAGGUUUGCAAAGAGGCUGAGAAAAUUGUGAAGUGGGCUAAGCAGGCGUCUGCUAGGAUGACUGUGACUGGCAUUGAAGACGAACUUAGUGAUGAUUAGAGUUCUUAAUACAACGGUAACUUUGGUUUUCAUGGAAACAAAUUAUUAGCAUAUCAAAUAUGUUUCGUUUUCUCUGCGACUUCAUCUCGUAUAUUAUACAUAAAAAGAUCAUAUAUUGUAAAGGGUGAUGUUUUGAAGUAGUUUAGAAACUUAUAAUCAGCAGUUGGAUCAAAUUGGUCUCUGGAGUUUACUUGAUUCGCUUUAGCUGAUGAAUAAAUUGCAAGUAUUGUGAUUU